AUGGGUUUGAUGCGAUCGAUCAUUCCAAACGGGAAGCAACUUUUAAAGUCACAAUCUUCGAAGAACAGAAAACAAUCUCCAUCAUCACCAAAUUUAGAUUUUGUUCCAAAGGGCCAUGUCGCAGUUUAUGUAGGAGAACAAGUGGAUAAGAAGAGGUUUGUGGUUCCCAUAUCGUACUUAAACCAUCCUCUCUUCAGAUAUUUUCUUCGAUGCGCUGAGGAAGAGUUCGGCUUCAACCACCCAAUGGGUGGCUUGACGAUCCCUUGUAAGGAAGAAACAUUUUGUAGUUACUAUCUCGUUGUUUCUCAAUUGUAUCGAUGA